AUGGCAGAGCAAGGACGAACUUUGUCCUUCCAGAAGGGGAACUACACUGUAAUAAGGUUUUACCUUCGGUGUUAUCGCUUUGUCAUUGGGAUGGUCUUUGCCAUAAAUGAAAUUAAUCACACUCCAGAACUACUGCCUAACACUACACUGGGAUUCCACAUUUUUGAUACUUGCUUUUCAGAAACCCGAGCAUUAGAGGCUGCAAUGUGGUUAUCCUCUGGAGAACAGGACUCUAUUCCCAACUAUCAUUGUCCAUCCAAGUCUGUAAUCCCUGCAAUUAUUGGAGAUGGAGUUUCACAAUGUGCACUUCCUGUUGCCAGACUGCUUGGACUCUAUAAAUUCCCACAGAUUGGCCAUGGCUCAACCCUUAGGGUCAGUGAUAAGGCAGAAGUUCCUUCAUUUCUUGCUGUUAGCCCAAACAUCAAGUACCAGUCCACUGGGAUUGCUCAUAUGUUAAUUCACUUCAGGUGGACAUGGGUUGGUGUUGUUGCUUCUGAUAAUGAAUAUGGAAUUGUAGGAAGCAUGGAGUUUAAACAGGAGUUUCAGAGUGCAGGGGGAUGUGUGGCUUUUCUUGAAAUUAUUCCCAUUCACAACUCCAUGGAACGGACAAAGAAAAUUGCAGAGAUCAUUAAAAAAUCAACAGUGACUGUAGUUGCUUUAUUUUCAACAACAGAGAAGAUAAACCCUUUAAUAGAGGAGCUAUAUGCCCUGAAUGUUACUGGAAAAGUGUGGAUUGCUUCAGUUUCUUGGCCAAGUGGUGAGGAUUUUUAUAACAUUAAAGUACAAAAAAUCGCCAAUGGCACCUUGGCAUUUAAUUAUCACAGGGGUCAAAUUAAUGGACUAAAAGAAGCUCUCUACAGUGUUCAUCCAUUAACCUCUCCGAAUGACAUAUUUAUAAUAUCUUUCUGGGAGAAUGCAUUUAAUUGUAGGUGGCCGUAUAACAAUGGUGCUUAUGCAACAGGGCAAAGAGAGUUAGUAAUGAAUAAAUCAUUUUGUACAGGGACAGAAAAGCCUAGCUCUCUGGAAAAUGCCUUCUAUGAUGUCAUCAAUUUUAGGUACACCUACAAUGUCUAUAAUGCUGUAUAUACAGUGGCACAUGCUCUCCACAUUCUUUACUCCUGUACACCUUCCAGUGGACCUUUUAUUAAUGGAUCCUGUGCUACUUCAAAGGAGAUCCUUCCAUGGCAACUUUUUCAUUAUGUGAGGAAUGUUCAUUUUAAAAAUCGAGCUGGAGAUGAAGUGUUUUUCAACGAUAAUGGUGAAGGACGUUCUCGAUAUGAUGUUAUAAACUGGCAAGUGUUAUCCGAUGGAACAGUAAGAAAUCCUACUGUUGGCAUUUAUGAGUCUCCUGAACCAGGACGUCAUGAAAUGUCCAUGGAUGAAAGUGCCAUUUUGUGGAAUACAGAGUACUCUGAGGUACCAAAGUCUGUCUGCAGUGAGAGUUGCCCCCCUGGAUAUAGAAAAGCUGCUCGUCGUGGAGAACCAGUUUGUUGUUAUGACUGUGCUCCAUGCUCUAAAGGAGAGAUAGCCAACCAAACUGAUUCUCCAGAGUGCUACAUGUGCCCUGACAUGUACUGGUCCGAUGGGAAACAUGAGAAAUGCAUUCCCCAAACUAUCGAGUUCCUGUCUUUUGAAGAAAUACUUGGUGCUGUAUUGUGUACUAUCUCUCUAUUUAUUUGGCUGCUCUCUGCUUUUGUACUCUGUGUUUUUAUUAAAUAUCGUGAUACCCCUAUUGUGAAAGCAAACAAUCGUGAACUCAGCUACCUUAUCCUUGUAUCUCUCAUGCUUUGUUCACUUUGUUCAUUGAUAUUUAUUGGGCAUCCAGUGAAAACAACAUGUGUGUUAAGACAAACAGCUUUUGGUUUAAUUUUUUCUUUCAGUGUUUCUUGCAUCCUGUCUAAAACCAUAACUGUUGUCAUUGCCUUCAGUGCAACUAAACCUAACAGCAGGUUACGUAACUUGGUUGGGUUAAGAAUCUCUAAUUCUGUAGUAAUUUUUGGUUCCCUCAUUCAGCUGCUUAUAUGCACAGCAUGGCUUUUGAUCUCACCUCCUUUCCCAAAACAAAAUUCCAAAGCUGAAGGUGGAAAGAUAAUUGUAGAAUGUGAUGAAGGGUCAUCCACUGCAUUCUGGUGCAUGCUCGGGUACAUGGGGGUACUGUCAACAGUAAGCUUUAUAGUAGCUUUCUUAGCAAGAUCAUUACCAGACAGUUUCAAUGAAGCCAAGUUCAUUGCCUUCAGCAUGUUGGUGUUUGUCAGUGUGUGGUUCUCCUUCAUCCCAGCAUAUCUGAGUACUAAAGGGAAGUACAUGGUGGCUGUGGAAAUAUUUGCUAUCCUGUCCUCCACUGCUGGAAUGUUAAGCUGUAUAUUUCUGCCAAAAUGUUAUGUUAUAUUAGUAAGACCUGAAUUAAAUACCAGAGAACAAUUAAUGGGAAAAAAGAAUAAUAAAAAUUAA